AUGUUCUACUGGGCUGUUCGUCGUCUUCUGGCCCUCAACGCGUCGUCGCAUCGCCGGCGAGGUACUGUGGUGCAACCGUACGACGACGUGCAGCAGGACCAGUAUUUCUGGAACGAGACGACGUCUGCGAAUUUUAGCUACGCUUUUUUGAUAGAGCUGAAAAACGUGGCGAACACGCCGUGCCUCUACAACACCGUCGUGCUGAUCACCAAUCGACUUUUCAAUUAUCAGUCCGGGCUGAAUAAGGAUUUCCCCUACGUGCCCGACGAGGGCUGCAUCACGUUUUCGGUGAUUUUGCUUGGGAGACCAGAUAUCCCGAACGAGGACUUCGAGAAGCAGUACGUCAAUUUAUCUACAAAAACUGCUCCAAGUGAACAACAUUUCCAUUGCAUCUACGAGAUUGCCAAACAGGUUUAUGGAUUU